CCCGCGUGUUCACAAAGCCUGCCUCCAGCAUCCUGUGCUUGAGCCCCGGGUCGCGCCAAUCCGCAGGAAUCGCCUCCACCAGGUGCUUUUUUUUCGCCUCUCUUAUCUGUUGCCACGACAUUAUCACCGCUGUGGGGCCAGGAACAGCCGUAUAUAAGCACACGAGCGAUGCGCAUGCGGCAGGGCUGAAGGGGCAUUCGCGCGCUCUCAUUGGCUUAUCAAAGCCCACCGAGGAUCCUUUUCAUGCACGAUAGCGGGUUUUGCUUAUCUUAUCGCGCCACUUAGUUUGCGCCUACUUAAACCGCUCAACACCAGGUUCCUGAGCAAUGACCACCCCGAUUCUCGAACAGAGCUACGGCUACGGGUUUGUGCUCGGCAUCGGCGCAGCCUUUGCUCUGCUCAUGUCGCUGAUCACCCGCGUGCUGUCCAAAUACCUCGGCCAGGUCCAGAACUCUGAACGCUUCACUACAGCCUCCAGAAACGUCGGUUCCGGCCUCAUUGCCUCGUCCACCGUGUCUGCGUGGACGUGGCCUGCCACGCUUCUCUCGUCUGGCGCGUGGAGCUACGCUCACGGCGUCUCCGGCGGCUUCCUCUACGGCGUCGGCGGCACCAUCCAGGUCACCCUGUUUGUGUUUGUGUGCCUGCAAAUAAAAUCUAGAGCCCCUGCAGCUCACACCGUUUCCGAGUGUUUUUCCGUUAGAUUCGGCCCUGUCGGCCACUGGGUGUUUCUCUGCUACGUCUUUGCCACCAACGUGCUCAUCUCGUCCCUGCUUCUCCUUGGUGGCUCGCAGGGCUUCUCGGCUACCACGGGCAUGAACGUCGUCGCUGCCAGCUUCCUGUUGCCGCUCGGUGUCAUGGUGUACACUGCCCUGGGCGGCCUCAAGGCCACCUUUAUCUCCGACUGGAUCCACACCGUCAUCAUCUACAUCAUCCUGCUUGUAGCCAGCUACAAGAUCUACUGCUCGUCGCCGCUGAUCGGGUCGCCGGGCAAAAUGUACGACCUUUUGCAAGAGGCCCAGAUAGCGUUCCCAUCCGCGACGGGACAGAGCUACCUCAGCUACAGAGAUAGCACUAUGCUCAUGCUCACGUGGACCGUGUGCCUGGGCGGGCUUAGCUCUGUUUUUGGAGACCCGGGCUACUCGCAACGUGCGAUUGCGUCCAGCUCCACACAGGUGUUCCAGGGCUACACGCUUGGGGCGCUGUGCUGGGCAGUGAUCCCCACCGUUAUUGGUUCCUCUGCCGGACUGGCGUGCCGGGCCCUGUUGUCGAACCCCCACUCCCCCACAUACCCUAACGAGCUCUCUACAGAGGAGGUCAACAACGGCUUGCCCGUCAUCUACGGCCUCUACGCCGUCAUGGGCAAGUCCGGCGCAGCAGCAGGCCUCAUCAUGCUGUUCAUGUCCGUCACCAGCGCCAGCAGCGCCGAACUCAUUGCCUUCUCGUCUGUCACAACCUACGACGUGUACAGAACGUACAUCAACCCAAAAGCCUCAGGAGCACAGCUCGUGCGGGCUGCUCACAUAGCCGUCGUGGGCUUCAGCCUGUUUAUGGCGGUGCUGUCGGUUGUGUUCAACUACGUGGGGGUCACUGUCGGCUGGCUGCUGACUUUCAGCGGCAUCAUCGUCAACCCGAGCGUCUUCACCGUCGUGAUUACGCUCUUUUGGAGCAAAAUGACCAGAUUGGCACUUGUCAUUGGCGCGCCGCUCGGUACACUUUCGGGCGUCCUGUGCUGGAUCGCCGGCGCUUACUGUUUCGGCAACAACGUCGUCGAUAAGGACACCCUCAACAUAACCAAGGCCACCUUUAUCGGCAACUGCACAGCCCUGUUUUCGACUCCGCUGUACAUUGUGCUCGUCAGUCUGCUGAAGCCGGAUCCGGAGCCGUUUGACAUGAACAAGUUCCGUACGAGCAUCACCCUGGCAGACGACAUGGACGCUGAGGAGGAGCACGCGGCCGAGCUGCCGGCAAAUGAGCAGAAGAAGCUGCGCUCGCACAUCUGGGCCGCGGCCGUGAUCAAUAUCGUGCUUGUUUUAGGUGUGUACGUUGUUCUGCCCUUGGGAUUGUACGGCAGCAACCACGAUCUAAGCAAGGCCUCCUUCACAGGGUUUAUCGUGGUGGUUUUAAUGUGGCUGCUGGUGGCAGCCAUGUACAUUAUUUUAUUCCCGCUAUGGCAGGGCAGACAUUCGAUCAAGGUGUUGCUACAGGUGCUACUAGGGCGUGGCUCGGCUGACGGGACCAGCUCCGUGGAGGUCGUCCAGUUGCAGCAGGAGCAGAAAUCUUAAUGUAUGGAGCCAUAGCGAAAAAAUCUUUUGAUUACUGCGUGGGGCCAAAAUAGCGAUAAUUAGUUACUUAGAGCGUCCUGUAAUCGCACCAGUAGCUUUGCCGACUCGACCGCCUGCACUGAGAUAUCAGGCGGCAACGACGGCGUCAUGAGUGCGCCGAGAAUGGACUCGUCUGCCGGAAACAGCUUGGACACCGAAAACAGUGUUUGCAGCUCGUCUCUGGCCCCCGCUGAGAUGGCAUACCCCACUGCAGUGCGCAGUAGCACAUUCACCAGCUCCAUGCUCUUGCCCGAAAUGUGGAUGUACAUCAGUUUGUUCUCGUGGUUGGUCUUGGCGUAGAUGGCCGCAAAGAUGAACGCAAGCUUGAACAGGUUAGACCCCACGAGCUCGGGCGAGCCGAGCAGCCGCAGAGCCACAUUGCGCGAGAACUGCGCGUCCUCAAUCACCUCGGCCACAAAAAUACUGGCCAGCAGCAGCUCCAGACAUGACGGCAACUUGUCGUUGAACCGCUCGAUGCCCUCGUAAAUCACGUGCAGCGGCAGCGCAGAAACAAAGAAACCCAUUGUCCUCACCACCAGGUCGCCGUUUUUCCCCUGGUCGUAUGUCUGCAUCAGCGAGUUCAUCUCCGGGUCCAGGUUCUCGAGCGCUAGCACGGACGACAUCAUCUUUUUGUUGUUUACCGAACCGCACAGCACCUUGGUGAGUACGUCGAUCGCGUGUAGUUGAUAUUUGCCCUUGUCGGCAUCAAACUUGGGCACGUAGAACCCGGCUUUUUCGUCCUCCGGGUCCAGAGGAACGCCGAACGCGAGACACAACGCAAGAACCAGAAAGGCCUCCUUGGUCGAGCGCAGCUCGAUCGCAUGCGAGAUGUUGGUCAAGGUCAUCAGUGUGUCUUUCAUCAGAUGCAAUUUUUUCCGUGCAAACACAAACCCUUCGGACGUGCCCAGCGAUGUUAUCAAUGAGUAGACAAAGUUCAGCAACGACGUGUUGGCCGCCAUUAGAUUAUUGUUUGAGGCGCCCUGCGGAUUGCUCACAAACGACAAGUUGCGUAAGAUCAUCGACACUGUGCUGAGCUCCUCCACCAACAUCAGUCGACGGUCUAGGAACGUCUUGGCGUAGAUGCGGCCGGAGAAAUCAUCUGCCUCUGCACGUGCGGCUUCAAGCAGCUCCAUGUAAGACGGCAGAGCAAACGGUGCCAACGGUCUCUCGUCCACGUCCGACGCCGGCGUGUCGACGCGUGGCGGCUCAUCAAACACAACAUCUGCGUCGGACUCCUCGACCUCCAGACCCUGCGUCUCGUCGUCCACCUCCUUCGAGGUGAACGAGUCAACCACCACCUCAAUGUCCUUGUCUCCCUUCAGUUGGCCGCUAUACUUUUGGAAAACCUCGUCUAUCUUGUUUGGCUUGAAAUACUCCGGGCGUGCGUCUUCGAACCCACCUUUGCGUUUGGUCAAGUUGCCCGAGACCAGCAUCUCCAGGAUGUCAGUACCAAGACUGGCAAGCGCCUCCAGCAGGCCCAUACACUCGCCGAGCGGCACGACGAGGUUUGGGUCCGACGUAACGAUAAGCAAAACGUUCAGCGCAAGAUUCACCUCCGCGUCGAUAUUGGACGACAGCGACAACGAGAGCGCGUUCAAAUCAAUCUUGCCAAGUUCUGGCACAAAUAGGAACACAGGCUUCAAAUGGUCGAUCUGCUCGCCAAACGCAGACAGCGCCUUCAAAUCGUGGCCCCCCACUUUGUCGAGCAGUCGUUGGUGCGGCACGUAGUUGCGAAUGAAGUCAGGAACAAAGUUUGCGUUCGGCUGCGGCGUCGUGUGGCGCGACUCUGCAGUCGCAGGCGACGGCUCGCUCGCACGCUGUUCCGCUGGAGUGAAUUUUGUCUCCUGGACCGAAGCGGGCGUCGGAGCAUUGAAAACAGGCGGUGUUUGGUGACUGGUACUGUUGGGUGUGGAUUGUUUAGACUGAGUCUGCUGCUCAAGCUGUUUUUUCCGCAUCGAUAGCUCCUUCAUCCCCUCCGGCGUGUUGGCAUACAGUUCGAACGGAAGCAGACAUUUGUGGUACAUCUGGACAAACUCACGCAGCAGCUGGUUGUUGUCGGGUGGGAUUCCAAACUUGCUGGCCACAGGCACAAUCUUCUUGGACCUGAGCACGUUGUUGAACCCGCCGAACUUCACCAUCACGGCGUAAAUCAAAAAGAGGUUCAUUUUCUUGCCCCCAAUCACAGGAUACCUCUCCGCCAGGGGAGUGUUGUUGCGAUUCAUAAACUCUUCCAGGAGACACAUAAAGUUGUGCUGCUGCUGCAUCUGUAUCUGCAUCUGUCGCUGCUGCGGAGUGUUGACGUUCGGACUGUUACUGUGGGAGGAGGACGCGGGACGGGGUUGUUGAUACUGCUGAGAAGGCGGCGUUGGUGCCGGCACAGACGCGUCGAAAGGGCUCUGCGUUGGUGGCUGGGACGGAACCACACGCUGCUGCUCCAAUUGAGCGCCUGGAUUGUUCUCAAACACCUGCGGCGAAAAAGAAGACAUGGUGCCCCCAGACAUCGUCUCGUCGUUAGGAUUGAACGUCUCGCCCGGCUUCUUGGCCUGGGACGCAGACGUUUGUGGUGGGGCAGGACGCGCCGACGACGAGUUUUCUGGAAACGUCAAAAAUGCCAUUUCGUCGUCGCCGGCCUGCUCGUUCCAGAAUUCACUGUUCAUGGGACAAUAAUCUAGGGAAACAAUUAUUUAUUAUACAUUAUGAUUUUUUGACUAUUUUAUCAAAAGCCGGGUAACCAUGACCACCGCCGGCUCUUCCUGAGCUGUUUCUGCAGGUUCCUAUAGUGCUCAUACUCGUUCCAGCACGAGCGGUCACCGAAGUUGCAACCUGCCAUGUUGACCAAAAAGUCGCGGUCCUUCUCGUUGUAAAAAUACUGCGGAUCGUCUCUCUGUUCCGCACAGGCUCCUGGCGGAAAGCUAUUGAUAGCUCGCAGGGGCACAAAGCCAACGCGCUCCCUGAUCCACGGCUGUGUUCUAUACAGUGUCUCGAGACAGUCCUGUUCCUUGUGCUCCCACGUCAUGUGCAUCUGCUCGUAGAAUACCGGGUCCCACCAGAUGUCCAGCAAAAGCUCUGUCCAUUCAGACCGUCUCACCAGAAAGCUUCCUAAGUUGAACCCUCCGCAGUCCUGGGCCAGCACCAAGUCCACAGGAGCAUGCUCGACGUCCACGUAUGGUGAGUCCACGGGAAUGUGCAGCGGGUUGUGGUACGACAGGUCUCUGUAGGUGCGGUUUUCCAGAUUUUUGAAUAAGUAUUCCUCGAGAGAGAUCUGCGGCUCCAUGAUGAACGUGUGAAGGUCUAGCCACCAGAACCACUCGGCUUCUGGAUACUGGCGCAUGGUCUGUUUGAGAAUAUCUGCCUUUUCCCAGCCUUCGCGCCAUUCGUGGCUGUAUCUUCUUUUCAAUGCUGUGUCUUUAAUGGAGAGGAUGUACCCGUGUUGCUCGGCAUAUUCUCGUUUGUUAGCGAUUGACGACCGCUCCACAGACCAUUCCUGCGGGGUUUUCCAUCGCUGCACACCACCGCCUUCGUUGGCCGCCAGAAUGAUCACCACCCGCGGGUUCUUGUGGUAGUGGGGCAGAAGGAAGAACAACAGCAGCGGCAGCAGCAGCAGUACGUACGGCCGGUGGCGCAAAUACCGCGCAGCAAGCUCCAGCCACGCAAACGGCGAUUGGGUCGCUGGCUUGAGGGUCUUCGAGUAUGGCUGGUGGGCCGCGUACGGGGUGGACAUGGAACCGUAAUAUUUAUUUAUAGUUUCUAAAAUAAACUAAAAGUCGAUCGUCGCUAAAGGCCUUUCAGCAGCUGGUCGAAGUCGGGCACAGUCACGGUAUCGCCCAUAUAAUUAGCGUCGACGAAAUUCGACACCGGCAUGUGCAUUACAUCGGCAAAGUCCUCCAUCUCGGGCAUCCCGUCGAGGCUGAAAGGCGCGCUCGUCUCCGCCGUCGGGUCGGCACUGAAUUUGAAGUGUUUGAGGAAGUCGGACUCCCUGACGUUGGCCAUUUCUGUCGGGUUGCUGCUAUGCGCGAGCCACUCGUUGAUACUGUCGUGCGAGCUGUCGGAAACCGACUCGCAGCCCGUGCUUGGCUGUGUUGCCGGGAAGUGCUGCAACGAUUUGGUUGCAGGGUCCACCACGGGCUCCGCAUUGCUGUCGGUGGAGUAUUUGGCCCGCUUGCGUGGAAUAAAUGGCGCGUAGUUCCUAUGGUACAGCUGGAAGGGCAGGAAAGAGUUCAGCUCGCGACGAUCUUUCUCCAGCUGGUCGUCUGCCCCCUCGAACAACCGCGCCUCCAGCUUGUGCUCGAUCCGUGCGCUGAUCUCGUCGUUCAGCUGGUCCGGGAACGUGUCGCUCGCGUCACUCACCUCAAACGUGGUCCGCAACAGUUUCAAUCUCUUCCUCUUGUCGAGGUAUACCUGUCUCACCACAUAGUGUGCCAUUUGGCCUUGGAGAUACUGUUUGCCGUAUUCCUUCAUAGAAAGCAGGUUCUUCUGGAUGCAGUCGUCCGCCAUCUUUGCGAUCGUCGCGUCUUCGUUUAGCAGCUGGCACAGCAUGGUGAACGAGCUCGAAAAAAUGCACUGCAUGUAGAUAUUCGGACACGGAGCAUAGUUAUUGUCCUUGAGCCACUGGGCCGAAAUCUGCGAAAUCAUAAACGCACAAUGGAAAGUCAGCCCCCAUGAAGGGAUGUUCUGCAAGAACUCCUUGUCUUUGCGCUGAACCACAAGUUUUUUGUACUCGCGCAAAAUAUUCACCCGAUGGAUCGUCAGCAGCAGUAGAUAAUAGUACAUCGUGAUCAGCGCCGAGUGGGAUGUCUGCGACUCCGGAUCAUCCAGCUUGAAUACCAGAUGCGGAGGAAGACUCUCAAACCACUUAGUCACCAGCCUGUCGCACUGGUCCACGUCCCUCCACAGCAAAAUCCCGUCCGCCGUAUUGUCAUUGGAUGAUGUGAUAUCGAUAAGCUCGCCGAUCUUGAUCAGAUUUCGAAAAUACUCGUGGUUAUUUUGCGCAAAGUCGUCGAGCGCAAACAGCUCCUCCGUGUUCUUCGAAAUCGCCGUUUCCGCCUUGGACACCAGAUAUGAGCCGCUGUGCCAGAACACAAACAUGCGGUCACGUGCGUAGAUGAUCCACCACAGCCUGCGAUACAUGUUGCGCUCGUACUGCGGCAGCCGUGGUUGUUCUUGGUAGAACCUGUUGUCCUGGGCAACCUGGUGUGCCAUGCGCAGCCACGUGCGUCCGCUGGUGCCCAUGGCGUACUUGGUCAUCUCCGAGAUGCACGAAAGCACCAGGUACGUUUGCACGAGCGCGAUCGGGUCCUGCUCCACAGACGCGUCCACAAGCGCCUUGGUUCUCUUGUAGAACACGGCAGUGUAUUUGUCGUAUGUGUUGCGCUCUUCCUCCGUUGCGAGCUCUGCUUUUGCAAGAAUUGAGCCGAUGCAGAGCAGCGCUUGCACCAGCACCAACGACGGCACGUCCUCCAAUUGCUGGUGGUCUUUAAUGAACUUCCCGUACUCCAGGAUCAUCAAGCAGUUGUUCAUGUUUUUGAAAAAGAAGUUGAACAGUUUCCAGCAGGUAACCCGGUCCGGCAGAUUGAAGCACCCUAGCUGCGUCAUGUACUGCAAAUCCAGGUCGUCGAGCUCCGUUUCGUAUCCCACGACGUUUUUGUAGAACUUGGACGCCAGCUCGUUCACAGCAGGAUAGAAAGCCAUGUUGACCGCACGGCUCUCUGUCUGGGCCGCUGAACGCAUGUAUUUUUUGGGCGAGAACUUGAUCACGUUCAGGAAAUUAUCCUGCGUCACGAAAUACGUCACCCCGUCGGUCUUCCUUCUGCGCUUGUGGAGCACGCACUGAGACUCUACCUUCAGCUCCUUACACUUGCUGCACGGCAUGCCGGCAGUGCCAAUAUCACAUUUUAUUUUUCGCCGGUGGCAAAUCACACACGCAGCUCCGACCUUGCGCUGAUCCAUAAUAUAGAUGAUUUAUAAUCUAUUUUUUUAUUUUUCAUCUUCGUAAUUCAUUAAGUUAUAUGUCGUAGGUUUUUCGGAACGACUCCACAUUCAGGCCAGGCUUAACCUUGUCAAUCAGGUCACGCCGGUCCAUUGCUAGAAAGGCGCGCUUUAAAGUUUCGAUCAAGCUCGUGGACUGAUUGCUACGGGCUACAGAAGAAGACCCAUCCAACGACUCCACCUCGUGCAUGCUCAGUCCAGUGAGUAGGUGAUCCACGGCGUCGCGAUACAUUCCCAUGUUGAUGAAAGAAACACCCAAGUUGUAUCUUGCUCUCACAAAGUUGGGGUUCAGCUGCAAAGCGCGCGAGUACGCCUCAAUUGCCUGCUCGGGCUUGUUCGAGUUGGCAAGCGACGCACCCAGACGAUUCCACGCCAGGGCGUCGUUUGGAUUGUGUUCGAUCGCCGCCUGGAAACAAUCCAACGUCUUGCUGUACUCCUCCAUCGAGUAGAACAGCACUCCAAGCCCCGUCUGCACCUCAGAGUCCAUGUUUGCUCCUUCGGGAGACAGCUGUGCUGCUUUGAUAAAUAACUGUGUCACACGCUUGUUGAGCGAGAACCGGUCGUCCGCCUGGAUGUCUGGGUUCGCAUUUCGGGCACGCUCGGCAACCUCCGGGUAUUUGGUUUCGAUCCAUCUCUCCAGCGUAGCAAACGCUGCGUUGUCGUACCCUUCGUUAAUGUACGAAAUUGCCAGAGUCAUAAGUGCAACAAGAUUCUGAGGCGACAGUUCCAAACACUUCUCCAACGCUGCUAUUCCAGCAAGUUCUUUCUCGUUCUGGGUCUGGACCUGGCCCAGACGCAGCCAGGCAUCGACAUGGCCGGGAUUCUGCUCCACGGCAGCCUCAAAUGCCAGCGCUGCCUCACUGAGCUUCGCACCGCUUUCCAUCAGCUUGAUGCCAAUCUCGUAGGCGUCCAGAUUGUUACGGAACUGAUUAUUCUCCUCAAAAGUGUACUCGCCGUAGUUCAGCCUUGUCUGUGCGUACUUUUCGAAAUCUUUCUCCCAUUGCGCCUGGAACUCGUCGUUGCUUAGCAUGUUGUCCGCAUAAGUCUCCUGGAUGUUGUCCCAGACUUGGUCAAACGCGCUCUCCUGUGCGGAGACCGUCUCCUCUGCCGGCUGCUGCAUCUCGGCUGUUGCCUCUUCCAUCUCCUCCAUCUCCUCCAUCUCCUUGAAUUGCUGCUCCCAGUCCACCUGCUGGCUUGUGUCCUCCUGCAUCACGCUGUUUGUCAUGCUACUGGCCUGAAUUGGCCCAUUCGCAGAACUAAAGGGCCUCAAGUGCAACCGUGGAGCCAUCCCCAUCGAUCUCAUCCGAACCUGGCUGACUGGAGACGGACUGUGUGUAACCUGAGACGUGGCCGUGUUCUGGAACUCUGACGACCACCCAGAAACUUGCGGCUGAGCUUGUCCUGGAAUUUGCAAGGGCACUGGGUUCUGCGCGCGCGGACCCCUCAGAGCAGGGGUGGUCUGCGUUUGCAGGUCCGGCUGGAUCAUGCGCAGCUCAUUGGCCAUCGGCUGAAAGUUGAACGGCGUGCUCUGGUUCAUAAACUGCUCCAUGUGUGCCCUUUCGGCCUCGUUCAUAGCCACGGGUGCUCUGAUUUGGGCAUUUUGAUGGGUAUCGUGAGCGCUGUUGCGGAGCGAUUGCUCGAGCGACGUAUCAUGCUGCGACUGCUUGAAAAACUGCGCCAGUGGAUUGGCGUUGGCAGCACACUCCGAUCCUCCCAGAAAUGACAUAUUGAUGGUUUGUGCUCAAGUCGCGGUGGUAGGCGAUUUAUAAAAAUUCUCGGCUGCGGUUCCAAUUUCCGCUUGUGGGCCCCACCCUCCGAUAAGUCACACCCGUGCACCGGCAGGGGCAGGGCGGUGGAGCUUGGGAGCCGUGUCGCAGAGAAACAGGUAGACGUGACCCCACACAAAGCUGAACACGUUCUCGUAGAACCAUGUGAGCGGCAGCGUACGCAUGUUUCCGUGCAUAGGAUGGUAUCUGACCACGGACAGCACUGUGAACAUCACAGGUAGGUAGAUGGCGUUGAAGCGGUAGAUGCCGAGAAUUUGCAGUCCGUCCGUCGGGUUGCGCCUAGAGUAGAUGUAAAGCAUUGUGUCCAUGAGAUGUUCACCGAUUCUGUAUAGUGGGUGGACGUAGGUGCUGAACAUAAAGAGCCCCGAGCUCAGGAUUGCAAGACACGUGAUGAAGUCUUUUGUGCGAUGGAACGAGUUUUCAAGGUACUUGGAGUACCCCACAAACAUGUAUAAUAUUACCAGAACGUUGAACGAAAACGGGCCGAAAUACAGCAGAGACGUCAGUAUUCGCCAGAACUGGCCGCGGAUGAACACGUCCUCAUAAGUGUAGACAAGGUCUCUUUCGGACGCAAAGCCGGCAAAGUUGAUCAGCGAGACGGCAACUAUGCCGAUAGUAAGCAUCCGAGUGACAAUCGGCACUUCCAUCAGCCAUUGGACAGGCAUGUGUUCCAUUUUGUGGAUUUAUUUUUUGAAACUUUUUAAUUUUGAUUUUAUUUUGAUCUUUUUUUCCUACAAUGCUCCUUGUUCCCUCCUCUCCCUCCUGGAGCAAUGAAAAUGAAAAAACACUCACCACACCGUACCACUAUCUUGCGGACCAGACCCAGGGAAAGCAUCUGAGGAGCCUGUUGAUCAGAACGUUCAACUUGGUGCUUAAUGUGCCGGCAGAGAAACUGGAAAAGAUCGAGGCUGUGAUCGAUACAUUGCACCUUUCGUCUUUACUGAUCGACGACAUUGAGGACAACUCAAAGCUUAAACGAAGACAAAAGGCUUGCGGCACAGAAUAUCUUUCUGGACGAAAUGACCAAUCUGCACCGGGGCCAGGGUCUCGAUCUUCACUGGCGAGAAAAUAACGAGUGUCCGUCCGAGAAAGAAUAUGUCAAUAUGGUGAUGAACAAGACGGGAGGAUUGUUCAGGCUGAGCGCAAAGUUGAUGAACCUGCUGGCUGAUCAGCCUUGCGACAAACUCAUUGCGCUAAGCAACAUGCUCGGAGUGAUCUACCAGAUCAAAGACGACUACAUGAACCUCAUAUCCAACGUCUACAACAAAAAUAAGGGAUAUUGCGAAGAUAUUACCGAGGGGAAGUUCUCGUUCCCCAUUAUUCAUUCAAUCAAUGCAAACCCAACCAAUAGGGAGCUACAGAGAAGUUCAGAUACUCGCUCUCAAACAUGGAUUUGCUUGUAUACCCCGGGCCUCCAGCACCGAUGUGGAGAUCCGUGAAAUUUUCAAUCAGUCUUCGCUUUGUAUCGCGGAAUGCCGACUCCCCGGCAUCCAGAAACCGUUUCCUGCCUAUGCACGCCAUGUCCGGGUCCAUGUCAUAAGAAGAGACAUGUAUAUUUAAAGAAAUUUCGAGUCGUGCGAUAAGGAAAAUUUGCUCUAUCCAGAAUUUCCACGAACGUUCUACGCUCUGGUGGUGUAAAGGCCCACGACUGUUAUGAUGUAUGAGAAUUC